UGUAGAGUGUAUUGCGUGUGUACUGUAGACUAUAGAGAGUACUCUGCAGGCCCGCAGGGAUAUUAUUUGUCGCUUUUCUCAAUAGGUUUUUCCCCCCCAACAAAUCUAUCCUUUUCCUUUACUAAAGCAGUGAAUCCAUUGACAGGAAUAAGUUCUUCGUGAAGAGUUCAACAUGAAGAAGAGCCGGAUAGAGUACAUUGAUCCGUACGUGACAAAAAACAAGAGUCAUUCCUCUGGCAGUAGUUCUUCUUCCUCGUCUUCUUCUUCUUCAACGAAAUCAUCUUCAGUUCAACCAAAACUCCAAACCAGCCGUAACCCUUUUACAGGGUUGCCAUUCACACCUCGGUACCAUGAAUUUUACCGGAAGAGGAUUCAAUUGCCUGUCUUUGAGUACAGACAAACAUUUAUGAACUAUCUUCAUAAAAAUCAGUGCAUUGUGUUAGUUGGAGAGACAGGUUCAGGAAAAACAACUCAAAUACCUCAAUGGUGUGUAGAGUAUUCAGUCUGUGUUGGCUCAAAAGGUGUUGCAUGUACCCAGCCAAGAAGAGUGGCUGCCAUGUCUGUGGCACAAAGAGUUUCUGAAGAAAUGGAUGUUUUACUUGGGCAGGAGGUCGGUUAUAGCAUUAGGUUUGAAGACUGCUCAUCAGGAAAAACUGUGUUAAAGUACAUGACUGAUGGUAUGCUGCUGAGGGAAGGGAUGUCAGACCCGAUGCUUGAAAACUAUCAAGUAAUUCUUCUUGAUGAGGCCCACGAAAGGACUCUAGCCACUGACAUUCUCAUGGGUGUUCUGAAAGAGAUAAUCAAACAAAGGCCUGACCUGAAAUUGGUUAUAAUGUCGGCUACGCUUGAUGCAGGAAAAUUUCAGCAAUAUUUCGACAAUGCACCUCUCAUGAAUGUUCCUGGUAGGACUCAUCCUGUUGAAAUUUAUUACACUCCAGAGCCAGAGAGAGAUUAUUUAGAAGCAGCAAUAAGGACUGUCAUACAGAUACACAUGUGUGAGGAAAUAGCUGGAGAUGUUUUAUUAUUUUUGACUGGGCAAGAGGAAAUUGAAGAAGCAUGUAAAAGAAUCAAACGAGAGAUUGAUAACUUGGGACCUGAAGUGGGUGAACUGAAAUGUAUCCCACUUUACUCUACACUCCCACCUAACCUGCAACAAAGAAUUUUUGAGCCAGCACCCCCUAACAAGCCUAAUGGGGCUAUUGGACGCAAAGUUGUUGUUUCUACCAAUAUUGCUGAAACAUCCCUCACCAUUGAUGGAGUUGUAUUUGUGAUAGACCCUGGUUUUGCAAAACAGAAAGUUUAUAACCCUAGAAUCAGGGUUGAAUCUCUGCUGGUUUCACCAAUCAGCAAAGCAUCUGCACAGCAACGUGCUGGUCGAGCUGGUCGUACGAGACCUGGAAAAUGUUUCAGACUUUAUACUGAGAAAGCAUAUAAAAAUGAAAUGCAGGAUAACACUUAUCCAGAAAUCUUGAGGUCUAAUUUAGGAUCAGUUGUGCUUCAACUUAAAAAACUUGGGAUUGAUGACUUGGUCCACUUUGAUUUUAUGGAUCCCCCUGCUCCUGAGACGUUAAUGAGAGCGUUGGAACUUCUUAACUACUUGGCAGCCCUGGAUGAUGAUGGGAACCUUACACAUUUGGGUGCAGUAAUGGCUGAAUUCCCUUUGGAUCCACAACUGGCCAAAUUGCUCAUAACCAGUUGCCAAUUGAACUGCUCCAAUGAAAUACUGUCAAUUACAGCAAUGCUAUCAGUCCCUCAGUGCUUUGUGAGGCCAAAUGAAGCGAAGAAAGCAGCCGACGAUGCAAAAAUGAGAUUUGCUCAUAUUGAUGGUGACCACCUUACUCUGCUCAACGUGUACCACGCCUUUAAACAAAAUACUGAGGAUCCACAAUGGUGCUAUGACAACUUUGUUAACUAUAGGUCCCUCAAAAGUGGGGAUAAUGUGAGGCAACAACUUGCAAGAAUCAUGGACAGAUUUGGUCUGAAGAGAACAUCUACUGAAUUCAAUUCCAAGGAUUACUAUGUCAACAUUAGGAAAUCUUUAGUAACUGGCUUUUUUAUGCAGGUUGCACAUUUAGAAAAAACAGGACACUACUUGACAAUCAAAGACAAUCAAGUUGUGCAAUUGCAUCCUUCAACUUGCCUUGAUCAUAAACCAGAUUGGGUUGUUUACAAUGAAUUUGUACUCACUACCAAAAAUUAUAUUCGAACAGUCACAGAUGUAAAACCUGAAUGGCUUUUGAAGUUGGCGCCCCAGUAUUAUGACCUCCAGAAUUUCCCACAGUGUGAGGCCAAGAGACAGCUAGAAGCACUGCAGAAGAGACUGGAUUCCAGGCAGUACCAAGAGGAAUUUUAAAGAACUGACAGUUUGGAAAACAGGAUUUAUUUUUAUUUCUUAAGGACUUAGAUACCUGAAUCUUUCCUCAGCUUUAACGUUAGUUCACCUGUGUGAGGUAUAAUGUGCGGGAUAAAUGACAAACCUAAAAAUUAAUUUUUAAUUUAUAAGUAUACAAUUAUAUUUCAAUUUGUUUGUAAAAUGUUUUACAACUUUGAUUUUUGUUAUCAUUCACCCAGGCACAGUAAGCUAUUAAAUGGUGUAUAGUCGUUUGUUUCUCAUAAUAAUUCAUCUAUUUAAUGUAAUGUUUAUUGGAAAUUGUAACAUAGAAAUAUAUAUAUUGACAUGUACAUGAAAUAGUGGUUAAAACAAUGAUAUUUAUUUUAAAUCAUUCCAAUACCAAUUUUACACAAGGCCAGUCCCAAUGUGAACAAUUCCUUUCAACAAAUGUUGUAUCAAAUAAAUGAUUUAUUCAUUA